AUGGAAGAUUUAUCAGAAGUCACCAAGAAACUUUCUAGCAUUGAAUUGGAAUUGCUUGAAGUAAAGAAGCAGAACAAGUCUCUAAAACUAGAGAUCAAUUCUAAUGACCAAAGGGAGCGUCUUUUGAACGUCGAGAUCAUAGGCAUACCCGAGUCUAAGGAUGAGAAUUUACUUGCUUUUGUUACCGAAAUUGGAAAGAAGGUUGGCGUUGAUAUUGCUCAGAAUGACAUUUUACAUGUACACCGCGUAACACCGAGAACUAAAGUGCAAGGUCGUCCCAGAGUCAUUAUUGCGAAAUUGAGCUCUCGUCUUAUCAAGGACAAUCUUAUCUCCUGCAUGCGCAAACACCGGUUGUUAACUGAUGCGUUAGGCUUCCCUGGAGUGCCGAAACCAAUAUAUGUCAACGAACACCUUACAAUAUAUAAUAAGCACCUGUUGAAGAUUUGCAAGGACACUGCCAAGUUGAAGCAAUACCAAUAUGUCUGGUUAAAAAACGGAAGGAUAGCGGUGAGGAAGAACGAUACCUCCCCAGCAAUAAGAAUAUUUUCGGAAGAGGAUGUGAAGAAAAUAGCUUGA